CUUGGAUGCUGCUAUCGGUGAACCAGUGACGAACUAGGCAUGGAGGCUGGAGGUAAGCGAUAAGAAAUUGGUGCUGGAGAUUGUCGAGAUGGACGAAGAUGUGUGUGGUAGUUUUUCGCGUCGUCGGAUUCGAGCUCCGAUUCUCUCUCUGGGACUACGAUUUUGUUUAAAUGGGACGUGAUGCGACACCACUCCACCUGACAGUUGCAUCUGAAUGCAGAUUCCCAGUGGGGUUUUCAUAAUUUGAUGUUUUGUUAACGCGGGGCUGAGAAUUUCGAUAUUUCUCCUCGUUUAUUCCAACUUUGUUUCCUUCAUUACAUCUCUUGAAGUUCUUACUUGACUGAAGUGAGCCUAUCGUAAACAUGGCUUCGGAACCAGUCGACGUGAGAUACGACGACGACAAGAAGGGUCCGUCUUCCAGCGAUGACUUUCCUCGUGAAGUUGACGAGUCAGCCUCGUCCAUUCCGGUGCUCGACCCUAACGCCGAGAAGCGCCUGUUAUUGAAGCUGGACACUUACUUUGUCCCUAUCAUCAUGCUUGUCUACCUGACUUGUUUUCUCGAUCGAAGCAGCAUCGGCAACGUCAAGGUUGCCGGCAUGCCCCAAGAUAUCGGCGCCAGCCCGAAGCAGUUCUCGACGGCGGUUUCCAUCUUCUAUGCGACCUACGUGGUGUUUGAGCCUCCGUGGAGUAUCCUGAUGAAAUGGGUCACGCCACGCAUCUUGCUCACGGGUCUCUGCACUGUUUGGUCUCUGACAACCAUCUUCUCCGGCUUCAUCCACAACGUAGCUGGCUUGUAUGCCGUGCGACUCAUUCUCGGUGCCUGCGAAGCCGGACUCUUCCCUGCGCUGAACUUGUACCUCACCAUGGUGUACAAGCGCCACGAGCAAGGAAUAAGGGUGUCGUAUCUGUUUGUGUGCACAGCGAUUUCGGGUGCUUUUGGAGGAUUGCUUGCGUUUUGCAUUCUGAAGAUGGACGGUGUUGCGGGCUAUGCGGGCUGGAGAUGGGUCUACAUCAUUGAAGGCAUCUUCAGCUUCAUCGUUGCGCCGAUUAUCUGGUUCGGACUGCCCAACGAUCCUUCCAAUGCUUACUUCCUUAGUGAAGAGGAGAAGGCUAUGAUGAAGGUUCGUGAGGCACAGCGGGCUCAGUACAUGGGCAGCGAGGAGUUUAGCUGGGAGGAGAUUCGGAUUAGUCUCAAGGACCCGAAGCUAUAUCUCAGUGCCGCCAUUCAAUUCUGCCAGGAUAUUCUCCUGUACGGUUUCAGCACAUUCCUCCCUUCCAUCAUUGUCAGCAUGGGCUACACUUCCAUCCAAGCCCAAUAUCUCAGUAUUCCGGUAUUCUUGUUUGGCGGCAUUUGCUUCAUUGCAUUUGCGUAUAUUUCAGACCGGACUUGUAUUCGCGGGCCAAUGGUGUUUCUCGCCAACAUCCCGGGCAUCAUCGGCUACAUACUUAUCCUCUGCCCUACGAGCAAUCCCGUCAAGUUCUUUGGCACGUUCCUCUGCGCUGUUGCGGUUUACAACGGCCCUGGAUUAAACCUGACGUGGCUCAAUGUCAAUGUCGCGCCGCAUUACCGCCGUGCUACCGCGAUUGGAGUGCAGCAAGGCCUUGCAAACACGGCUGGCAUUGUUGCAGGGCAGAUCUACAGGACCGCACCGUUUGUCCUGGGAAAUGGCUUCUCUGUGGGCGCGCUGGGAGCUUCGCAGCUGCUUAUUAUUGCCAAGUGGUUCUAUAUCAGGCACCGCAACAGCCAGAAGGAGAAGAUUGCAAACGGAGAGAUGGAAGACACUCGGAAGGUCCAGACUGGCGACCGGGCUGUUGAUUUCAAGUACCAUCUGUGAUGCUUUUCGCAUCCUAGUCCGUUGACAAGCUAUGGAGCUUGCAUAGACGAGAGCCGAUGUAUACGUAAAUGCUCUCUAGACAUUUCUUUCAAUAUGUAAGCAGCUGAAAUAUUUACUAAUGAUUGUUGAC